UUUCUGAGGUGUAUGCAAUAAAAUCAUGAAAUAAAUGAAAUUAUUUCUAACAUGCGCCAAGAAUUCGUCUGAUAGCAGGUACAUGCUACUGAAUGUCAUUGCUUAUAAGCAGUUUAUGAUCUGUCUCAUAUUACACUAACAAACUGCCAAUCAACCUAGUUGACCAAUGGAGACCCAUUACUCCACAUACAUACGUUUAAGUGUAUCUGUUAUAUGCGAGUCUCAAUUAACACAUAUUUAAGAGGCCUGUACAGGCAAUAAUGAUCAGUAUGUGAGGACAAAUCACGGUAAAUGUACUGCAAAUGUUCUUUGAAGACAAGAUAACGACAUUGUGUUCUUUUUUCGUGAUUAUCUUAAAUGAUAAGGCAUACCAAUGCUCUGUUUUGUUUGCCCACCUCUACACAAACUUUCGUAACUUCUCUGUCUGCCAGUACCGCGGUUCGUAUUGACGCUCAAGUACGUUCAUAUUGAAUUACACAGAGUAUCACAUCGCAUGUUAAUGUGGAAUAAGCAAAAUAAUUGUUUUACUGUGUGAGAACGUGAUCCAAUUAAUUCCGAUCGAAUUACUGUAAAAAAGUUGUAUUCAUUAGUACAUUUCGAUUUAACGGCCUGAUCGAACACAAUGGGUUUCCAACUGAAAUGGGGUAUAGCUGGGGUGGGCAUGAUCGCCCACGACUUCUUGACAGCGCUGGGGACGCUGCCAGCUGAACAGCACAAGGUCAUCGCCAUCGCCGGCAAAGAUCUAGAACGUGUUCACAGAUUAGCCACGCUCCACAAAAUCAACACUGCUUACGAAGGCUACGAGGCACUCGCGCGUGAUGACUCUAUAGACAUAGUUUUCGUGAGUGUUCUCAAUUUGCAACAUUACGAAGUAACAAAAUUAAUGUUAGAGAAUGGUAAACACGUAUUAUGCGAAAAGCCCGUGGCCAUGACUUACAAACAGACUAAAUCGCUGGUGGACCUGGCGCGCGAACAGAAACUGUUCCUCCUUGAAGGGAUGUGGUCGCGGUUCUUCCCUGCUUACGACGCUUUGGAUCAGCACAUAUCUUCUGGCGGGCUUGGGGACAUCUAUCACAUCAGCAUACAGUUUGGGGUCGAAAUUAACGACAUUGAGAGAAACUUAAUGAAAGACUUGGGAGGUGGUGCGGUGCUAGACUUGGGUAUUUACAUGCUUCAACUAGUGCAGUUCUUGUACAAGGAGCCGCCAACAGACGUCGUGUGCACGGGCCACUUGAGCAAGACGGGAGUGGACGAAUCUAUCUCCUGCGCACUUAAAUACAUGCACGGCAGGACCGCAACACUAUCUGCACACACACGUGCCAACAUGACUAAUAAAGCAGAAAUCGUCGGCACAAAAGGAGCUAUUGCGUUGGACUAUUUCUGGUGUCCUACAGUGCUUCAUAUAUCGGCAGCUAAUAACACAGAAUGGUCUUUACCCAAAGGGAAAUAUAAAUUCCAUUUCCAUAAUAGCGCCGGCCUUAGCUACGAGAUUCAAGAAUGCUGGGACUGUAUCAGCAAAGGUUUGCUAGAAAGCCCCAAAAUGAGUUUGGACGAAACCGUUCUGCUCUCAAAACUGACUGAUACUAUGAGAACUCAAGUGGGAGUCUUAGAAGCUGAACUAAAUUGAGUGAAUAUUUAUUAUAUAACGCAAAGUACCUAUACAAUAAGAAAUCCUAGCCAGUCCAAGGUUUUACUACCUACAUAUACGUAUAAAAAUUGCUUUAAUUAUAUUAUAUUGUAAAGCUAAGUGCCAGUGGAACAAAAGAGCUACGCGUUGUGAUACUUAAAUUAUUUCGGCUCAUACAUGUUUAUAAAAGUUACUUAAAGUACAGUAUUUACCUCAACUAACUGUGAUUUAAAGUGUGUUGUGAGAAGGUUGUUAAAUGUUAAUAUUGAAAAUAUACCGCACAAAAAUGUAAA